AUGACUGAAGAACAACCUAAGAAGAAUACUCAUGAGUUGCCGGACGACUACUGGAUCUUCGAGGAGCUCGGUUAGAAGCCCAGUGAAAUUAUCAAGCAAUCGGCAGGGUCCAUCCGUAUCUUCCAAAGCUUCGACCUCAAAGGACCUGGUAAGGUUUUCAUCCGGGUUACGGACGAGAAUGAAUACCAACAGAAGCUUCGAAUAUAUGCUAAUAACAUGCGGAAGCUGAUUAUAACAGCACGGAAAUCGAUCAAGGAACUGAAGCAGGAGAACGUCAUGCUGAAACGAAAGCUUGAAGCCAGUGGUCUCCUUGAAUGUCCUGCUUGUUUGUAUCACUUUAAGCCGGAAAGAAAACAUCGAAUUCUUCCCAAAUAUAUUAAGGUUUUCCGUGGAAAGCUGGCUCUUGAAGUCGAGUUUUCAUCACUGGACGAGAUGUCGGAAUGGCUGACAGUAAACCAACUUGAUGAGAACACCGAUGGCCUUCCUACUUUGCUCCAAAAAGAGGAGAAGCAGGAUCUUACGACAGCAGGCAGUCUUCUUCAUAAAUUGCUCAGCGAAAAGGAGUCAGAGACUAAGCGAGAGAGAGUUGUGAUCAGCACACGUCCUAGUAACUCAAAUCCACAACUCGGCACUUCUACAGCAGCUCAGCCUUCAAGGAUUGGAAUGGAGGGGAUUGAUGGCACAAAGAACUCGUGCCAUAGUGGUAACAACCAUUGCAGCCAAAUUACCAAGGAUCAGUUAAAGGAAGGGCUCGUGAGUACGACUUCCACUUCUGAGUCGUUGCCAUCUACGAGCGCUGACAGAUUGUCCGAAGAUUUUGAGAAGAACUCAAAGGAACCCAUUCAUCAGUUGCCUUUCGAGGCGUGUGCCAGUCUUAUUUGCAAUAUAAAAGAAAGUUUAAAUAUCGAUGCGCCAAGCAGCGGUGAUGGACGUCAAAGUGGUCGUGCGAUUUCGGAGGAGGGCGAUUUGAAUUCGUCACAGCCAAGAGAUGUGCCGAGAUUAAAAGCCACAACGGAGAAAGGUGGCAUAAGGAUGAGAAAUCCUGAUUCUCAUCGCAGUGAUCGUGAAGAAGGGAAGAGGCGACGAGAAGUUAAUAUGUACAAGGAUGAUCAUGCGCCAUCUACUCGAAAUCAUUCAAGCGUACAUCGUAAAGAGGAGAACAUCAAGGGUUCCUUAAAAGCAGAUGAUAGACUUGGGAAAAGAUCCCGAACAAGUAGCAGUCGUGACAGAAGCCGCAUUUCAUGUCGUUCUAAUCAGGCUAGAAGCCCUGUGAAAGUAAAGAAGGAACACAUAAGCAACGUCUCUGGGAAACAUGAUCACGAUCAGAGUAGGCGACAUAAGACUUCGAGUUCUGGAAAAGAGAAUGUUUACCAUAAAGAGGGCAACCGAGAAGAAAGGCAGAAGGGCAGUCCGCAUCACAGAAGGAUGGAUUGUAGUUCGAAGAACAAGCGAGAAAUUGACUCCACUCCACCAGAAAGACCUUUAAAGACAGGUGUCGAUGGUUCUCAGUCGAGCAGAAAUGGGGAUUCUCAGCGGCAUGAAUCGAGAAGCGAAUACCAUUCAAACCCGAACAAAGGUCAGUCAUUUUGCGUGUCAUCAGUACAGUCUUUUCAGUAG